AUGGGCAACUCAGGAAGCAUGAACGGGUUGUCGGGGUAUGAGGAAGGGUACCAUCAUCACCCGGGCUACCACCACCAUCACCAGCGCUAUCACGAUGCGAUGCGCGGCGAUGCGGGCAGCGGUAUGUCCGCCUCCUGGAUGGACUCGUACCAACGUGACCAUCACCGGCGGACGGGGCCACGGGACCAUGAACAGCAGCAGCAGAUCAAGGUGCUGCCGGAUAUACCGGGCAAGGUGGCGAAGCUACGGUCCACCAACAACGGUAGCAUUCUGCACGCGGGCGGCACCAUCAGCAAGAACAACCAAGCGCUGCAACGCUCGAAAAGCAUCUCGUCGCCCACGUACCAGCAGCACCAGCAGCAGCAGCAACCCGCCAGCUUCAGCGAGUGCGACGAGGACCUUGAGCUGAGCUCGCUGCAACCCCGCAUGCUGAUGCAGCGUUCACGCACGCAGCUAAACCUGAUGCCCCCGGGACUCGCCGCUGGUGGUGGGAGUCGACCGCGCAAUGGGCACGCGUACAACCACGACGAGGAGGGCAGAGCCGGCCCACCGGAUAGGGGUGGCAGGCAGGCAACGCGAUACGGCGAACCGAACGGUGCCGGCAAUGCGGCGGAAGCGCUCAACCACCGGAAACGAUUCGGUUCCGAGCCGGAUUUACGUUUGUCGCUGGUGCCGCGCAGCGGUCCUCAACCGGAACAGGUGGGCGGUGGGCCACGAAAUCCCAAAAUGGCACAGUCUAAAAUAAUGAAGGGCAAGAACAAAAAGAAGGCCCCGGUACCACCUGUAAUGGAGAAGCGUGACUCCAACAAGGAUGCGGAACGGCAACGCAUCAUCGCCUACUCGCCGAUGCGCAAACCGGGCUCGGACGCAAACACCUCCACGCUGCCAUCGUCCAGCGAUGGGAGCUUCAAUGUAGCAGCUACGCGCAAACUACGGCUGUUCAAAACGCGUGCGGAAACGAAGAAAACGCCUACGAUCGCUAAGCUCCCGGAAGCGUCGGAUGCUAAAUUUCCCGGCAAGCACGGUCCCGCGAACGGUCCCGGCAGCGGAUUCAUGCGUUCGGCCGUACCGUUGCAACCGAACGGAGCCGCCCCGCAUGUGAUUGGGCAUGGGCACCGUAACGACGGCGGUUCGCCGGAUGACGAGAAGCUCAAGACGGUGCUCGAUCAUAUUUCACCCCGUCCGAAUCCGGUUUCGUUCUUUCGGCGUGAAAAAACGUUCGACGCCGGUUUGCUCGGACUGGAACGGCAGCGGGAAAGUGAACCGCGCCCGGCAGCAAAACCAACCAUGUCACCGCCGCUCUCCCGUCGCAAAUCGAUCGUUAAAAGCUACCUCGAGCAGGAGACACCGCUUAAACCCGCUGCUGUCUCGAGCCGGAUGGAUGUGAAGGCCCGGCAGCAGGUCGGGACGGCGGCUGAGAGCUACCAGCGCAAGCAGGCCCUUGCCGAAGCGCAGCGCAAACAGUCAACAGCGGCGACGGCCGCCAUUACCGACUUCCAGAAGGAGUUGCAGCUAGCGACGAGACGAAAAACGGGCAACACGGACACUAACAACGGAACCUCACCGAUCACCAGCCGGACCACCACUACCCAGACGAAGUUGCAGCGAACCGGUGUUGGUGUGGGAAACGAUCAGAUAAGUUCUCGCUUCUCGCUACUACCUGCUGCCAGUGGUGGUAAAGCCAAACCCGCGUCUAACGCACUGGUAAUUAACGUUGAACCACCGAAAGAGUUGGACCAGUGUGCCACCGCUAAAGCGGACGUCAAGCUGGACGCACGAGAUUCGCCACCACCACCAACACCACCGCCGCCACCGCCACCACCGAAGACGAGCUUUUACUUCGGUAUGCGUGACGAUUGUCAGGCCACGGACACGCCGCGACGGUUUGCCGGCACGAAGCGUACCUCGCCAGCGGCACCGUUCGUGUCCGAGUCGCGCGUGGACGACAGCGAUGACAGUGAGCGUGAGUGUGCGAAUCGUCGGGAGGCCAGAAAUUCCCAGCCGGACAUUGACGGUCAGUCGAUGGAGGAAAUUGGGCACACGCAGAUGGAGCUGAUCGAUCAAUUUGCCGCCAGCCUGCUGAACAGCAGUCGGUUUCGUUCGUCGGAUUCGGUCGCCUCGUCCGAGGUGGAUGUGCGUACCGGUGCUGUCAGCACCUGGGAUGAGACGGACGGUCCCGGACAGCAGGAGAUCGCACUGAAGCUGCGACCAACCUUGCCCCGGAAGCAGUUCGACAUACCGCGUUUUAGUCCGGCCGCCGCCUGGCGCUUGCUUACGACGGAGGAUGAGUUUUGCCGGGAUGUACCGACCGACGGACUCGGUGGAACACCAACCGGUGUUGAAAAGAAAUCGUUCCUGCGGGGUCUCGAACAGGAGCUGGACGUGCCUGAAGAUCGCAUACAGCGGGUUUACCGCGAACCGGUACCGGGGUUGCAGGACAACAAGAGCGGUGACAGCGGGAUAUCUGGCGAUGCUGGAAUAUUGGCUGACAUUGGGCAGGAUGCGCUGCUCGCGUCCUCUGGCAAGGAGGAACGGGCGGGCGAUACGAGCCCGGAAAGUGGGACACAGCUGCACAAAGGUGGUGUCGGUGCUGGUACCGUGAUGAACGGUGGCUGGUCAUCCAAUGCGCUACUGCUGAUGCCCUGGACGCCCCAGCAGGACCUUGACGAUGAUGAGGACGAAGAUGAGGAGGAAGACGAACAGGAGGACGACGCGACGACGGGCAGUGGAAGCGAACCACGGCGGCAUUUGAUCGAGGACGGUGUCCCGAGGGUAAAUGGCGACACGCGACCAGACUUUUCCAGCAAAGGUCAUCUGUUUAGCCUUUCGUUACCGCGGGAAAAUCACCUCUCAAUAUACAACGUCGAAUCGGCGGAUGAGAAGGUGGAGAAACACGUCUUCAACAGCUUGCAGAAGUUUCGUAAAUCGGUUUCGGGUGCGUUCAAACACGACGACAACGGCAGUGGACAGUUGGAUUCCGGCGACAGCAAUUGGUUCCUGGGCCGACUGGACACGAAGCUGAGCAAUGGGUCGGGCCCGGGCAGUGGGCCGGAGAAGCGUUCCAAGUUGCUGCUGCCCGACGGGCGAGAGCGUGACUGUACGGACAUUACCGCUUGUAGUGCGGCGGUGUCGAUUGGUGCGAUCGCCCAGAAUAAGCACAGCUCCAUCGGGUAUCUUGUCAGCGGCAAGCAUAUGAUGUACCUGCCGAAGGAACCGACGAAACUACACGCGCACACGGCCGAUAAGAGCAGUAAGCAGGACGAGAACAAUAAUCGUAAAAGCUACCACAACCAGAACGGCACCGAGCGGCAUGAGAAACCGGUGCCAACGUCCGGCUUGACUUCACCAGCGCAAAGGGAUACAUCCAACCAACGGGCGGCUAGCGAUAAGGAAAACCUGCAGGAUCCGGUACCGGUCGCCGCAACCAGCACACCAGCGCAAAACGGUGAAUUUGAAGCCUUCCCCGUAAAGCUAUCGAACCGUCGCAACCACCGGUUCACGUUCCAGAGCACGAUACGCCAGAUUGAGAAGCGCCGUGUUGCGGAAAAGUUGUCGCGCGAGGCGGAGAUCAAGGAGGCGAUGCGGCUGAGCGAACUGGAAGCGAUGAGACGCGUCGAGGAAGAGUUCCAGAAGAAGCGAGCACGCGAGAAGGCCUCCAUACGCCAUCAGUUGCGACUGUUUUCGAUGGAGAACCACCCGGAUGGUCAUCCAGGGCAUGAAGUUGAUGGCGAGCAGGACUCGACGGGUGAAACAAAACGAUCCGAUCCAGACGGGGACAGUCUGCCACAUCAGAGCGCCAUGGGUCGUAGUGGUCUCUAUAGGAAGAAGGAAUUCACCGCUAGAGGGAGCAUGGAGCGACAGUAUAAACGCCCUGGCGGUGUUGCUACGAACGGCACGAGCAGUACCAACCAUCCAACAGGUGGCGAGGACUUGGACUUGGAGAAUGAGGUGGACAUGGAGAAGGGGCCGACGGGCGGUAGACGUCGGUACGGAGACGACGAUGACGAGGAUGACGAUGGGGAAAGCAGCAGCCUCGGUUACGUGGACACCCGUACACCCUACAUAUCGCGCAUCAUACAGGCGAAAAGUAGCAAAUCGUACGCCAUGAAAAAGUAG